AUGUCUACCAGCGGAGAGAAGGCCACUAAGACCCCUUCCCAGACCGAUGGGAAGACUGCCCAGAGCAAGAAGUCUGAGAUGGGCAUGAUCCCCUACAAGAUGUGCAUCUACGAGUUUGAGAACUUCCAGGGCAGGUGUAUGGAGAUCAUGGGAGAGUGUAUGAACAUCUGUGAGGGAGGAUUCGACAGGGUGCGAUCCCUGCGUGUCGACUGUGGCCCCUUUGUUGGUUACGAGCAGAUGAACUUCUGUGGUGAGAUGUACAUCCUGGAGAAGGGAGAGUACCCUCGCUGGGAUUCUUGGAGCAACAGCUACAGGAACGACUUCCUUAUGUCCUUCAGGCCUGUCAGAAUGGACCCAGAGAAGCACAAGAUCUGUCUGUAUGAGGUUGGAGAAUUCAAGGGUCGCAAGAUGGAGAUCGUCGAUGACGACGUGCCCAGCCUCUUCGCCUACGGCUUCACUGACAGAGUCGGUAGCAUCAUGGUGAGCUGUGGAACCUUCGUGGGGUACCAGUACCCCGGUUACCGUGGCAGUCAGUAUCUGCUGGAGAAGGGUGAAUAUAGGCACUUCAACGAGUACGGUGCCCGCCACCCACAGAUGCAGUCCAUGAGGCGCAUCCGCGACAUGCAGUUCCACCCACACGGCUCCUACGUCAUGGCCAACAAGUGA